AUGGCAGAGGAUCUACAUUGGCAUUUCAGUAAUGCUUCAGAAGAUGGAAUGAUGCAGCACCCGGUGGAUUCGAUAACUUGGGCUCAGGUUAAUGCUAAAUGGCCACAAUUUGCGUCUGACCCGAGAAAUCUUCGACUUGGUUUGUGUACUGAUGGGAUGAAUCCUUUUUUGAUUCAAAACACCAAGUAUAGUAUAUGGCCAGUGUUUCUUGUGAACUAUAACAUGGCACCUACAUUGUGUAUGAAGGCUGACAAUAUAAUGUUGACUCUGUUGAUACCUGGACCAACUGCACCGAGCAACAACAUCGACGUGUAUCUUCAACCGUUGAUAGAAGAUUUACAGGAUUUGUGGAAUGAAGGUGUGGAUGUUUAUGAUGCCUUCUCAAAGGAAACUUUUAAUCUGAGAGCUAUUUUACUGUGGACAAUCAGUGACUAUCAUGCUUUGGGGACUUUGGCAGGAUGUAAAGUUAGAGGUAAACAAGCGUGUAAUGUUUGUGGUAAGGAUACUCCUUUUAGGUGGCUUAAGUUUAGUAGAAAACAUGUCUACUUGGGCAAUAGGAUAAGACUCAGAACUGGGCAUCCUUACAGACGCAGACGGAGUUGGUUUGACAACACGAUUAAAAAAAGUAAAAGAAAGAGGUCUGAUUUGUGUGAAGAUGAUGAAAUUUCAGAAGAAGAGUAUGAUGAAGACAGUUACCAAUGGAGGUGGAAGAAGCAGUCUAUUUUAUUUGAAUACUGGAAGGAUAUGCAUGUUCGCCACAACAUCGAUGUAAUGCACGUUGAGAAAAACGUGUCUGAUGCCAUGUUGUCCCUUCUAAUGCAUAGUGCUAAAUCUAAAGAUGGCUUAAAGGCACGACAAGAUUUGGAAGAUAUAUAUGGGUAUUCGGGAAGCAUUACAUCUACAAGUACGUGGGAAGAGACACGUGUGAUUGAUCCAGAGAAGUUUAUAACAUUGGAGGCUGAGGUUAUUGAGUCAUUAUGCCAACUGGAGAGGUUCUUUCCUCCUUCUAUGUUUGAUAUCAUGUUCCACCUUCCUGUUCAUCUAGCAAGGGAGACACGGUUGGGUGGACCGGUCCAUUUUAGAUGGAUGUAUCCAUUUGAGAGGUACAUGAAAACCCUUAAGUCAUAUGUUAAGAACUAUGCAAGGCCGGAAGCUUGUAUGGCUGAGGAAUACAUGGCAGGAGAAUGCAUUGCUUUCUGUUUGGAGUUUCUAAAAUCUUCUGUACCAGUUGUGGAAGCUGCAGUCCGUAAUGAAGAUCUUGAACCAGAUGAGCACAUCCUCGAAGGUCGUCCAAUUAAUAAGGCUAAACCAGUUGUCCUUACAGAGAAAGAGCGGGAGAUAGCGCAUAGAUAUGUUCUGAUGAACACAGCAAUGUUUACUCCAUAUGUUGAUAUGCACUUGGAAGAAUUACAAGCUACGGAUGUGCAUUGCAGAAGAAAUGAAACUCUUUUAUGGAAAUUGCAUGGGAAAAAGUUUACACAAUGGAUUAAAGAGAAGAUCCCAAGUAACUCGAAGGACCAUUCUAAGCAGCUAAGGUGGUUAGCAUUUGGACCACGACAAGAAGCUCAGACAUUUAAGGGAUACAUAGUGAAUGGACAUCGAUUUUACACAAAUGAUGUAAAGCGGAAGACUCAGAAUAGUGGAGUAUCCUAUGAAGCUUUCACCAUGUGUCGAUCUAGUGCAAGAGAUACAAAUCAAAAGGCUGACAUUGUUUCCUACUACGGAUGUGGAUGGGCAAACAAAGAGAAUGGUGUGAAAGAAGAGGACGGCUUUACGCUUGUCAACUUGCAUAUUAACCAAUCUGCAUUUCGACAAGAUCCAUAUAUUAUGCCGUUUCAAGCAAAACAAGUUUUUUAUUCCCGAGAAGAUGACUCAUCCCCUUGGUAUGUAGUUAUGAAAGCGCCACCAAGGGGUUAUCAUGAGUUGGAGACAGAAGCAGAGACUUUGGCACCACCGUCAUCCAGUCAACAGUUUGAAGAUUUGUUGGAUCAAUCUUCUGAUGAUGAUGAGAGUUACUGUGUUAGGGCAGAUUGCGAAGGAGUUUUAGUAAAGGAUUAG